CAGAACAGAGAUCCUGAUAUGGCUCCCACAAUCAGCCCAGCAAGGACCAACUCUCAGGAGCAUCUGACUCUGAACCACAAGCUCAGAAAGCCUCUGGUAGAGAAACUACGCAGAGAGCGAAUCAACAACAGCAUCGAGCAACUCAAGUCUCUCUUGGCUCCAGAGUUUCUCAAACAGCAGCCAGAGUCUAAGCUGGAGAAAGCAGACAUCUUGGAGAUGACCGUUUUCUUCCUGAGACAACUGCAGAAGCAGCAGCAGCAUCCAGCUCUAGACACAGGAGCUGUUGAGUUAGGCUAUGCCAGAUGUGUCCAAGAGGUGACAAACUUCCUCUCCAAAGACGAACUGAAGACGCAGUCCCAGAAGAAACUGUUGAACAACUUCAGCAAGCUGCAGACUUCCUCUGAGAAGAACCUGAAAGAGGCAAAAUUCUCUUCUGUGAACUACACAGUCCAGACAAGUAUCAAUAAAGUCAAGAGUCCAACCACCAGCACCCCCUGGAGGCCAUGGUAGACAUCGACAGCCUGAGGUCAUUGCCUGAAAAAGUAUACCAGACUGGUAGACAGAACAUGUACUGACAUGUGUUUCUUUGGACUACUUCUAUUGAAUGAAAAUAAGCAUUUAAUUUAAUUGUGCUUUUAUGAUGCAUAUUAUCACAUUUCCUGUGGAAACAACAUUGUGUUUUCUUUUAACAAAAGAAAUGUAUUGCAAAUCAAAUUGUCUUUGCAAUUGGGAUUUCUCUGUAAUUCUGUGAUUUACUACAAAUUGUUUAGUACUGAUCAUAAUGGUCAAAAAUGAAAUUGUCUUCUUUUUUGUAGGACAAAUUUCUUUGAACUUUUUCUGAGUUAGCAGAAUUACCUUCUGUGCAACUUUUAUGUCUUUGUAUAUCACCUAAUAAGUUACAACACCCUCCCAGUGAAAACUCCAUGUUGGUUUUUGAGUGAUUUUUUCAACUGAUGCUUGAAAAUUUACUAAAGGAUCUGUGACAAUAGUUCAUUUCUAAUGUUACUUUGUAAAUGCUUUGGUGUGAUGGUCUCACAUUUAAGUUAGGCUUAGUCAUUAUGUGAUCUGUUGUAAGGUCAGUCUAUUUUUUAACUUUGUUAAACAUUUAAUCAAUAAUAUGAGUUGUAUUUGAAAAUACUGUAUUGUCAUUUGUCUUUAAAAAAGAUGUUUCUCUUAUCUUUAGACUUUUUCUUGUUGAAAUCGACAAGUUGUUGUGAUGUGUCAUCACUUCCUGCAGAAACUUCUGUACUUUCUGUCUCAUUGUGCCUUUAAUAAACAACUGAGCUGAAA